GCAGGAACCGGCCAUCUGAGCUCAUUUGCUGCUCAUUUCGGCAUCUGCUGCUCUAGUGGGUGUCGCUCAGGAAUCCAAUAUAUCCACAUCGGCUUCUUCGUGAUCGAUGUCCGAGGACAGGAUUUGCUAUGGACUGGGGUUAGAAUCGCAAUUACAAUCGACAUGUUUUUAAUAAGCCCCUUCUGUCCCUUCUGCUCACCCUCUCUUCACUCUUUACUCGGCCCUGCCUGUCAAGAUGAAAGUCUCUACUGUCGCCAUUAUUCUCGCUGUCGCACCAUUCCUGUCGCUUGCUGCCACCGAAACUCCCAAUACGAUCUCACGUCCCAAGGACUACUACCAGGGCAAGCCGCCAAAGUAUCAGUUCCCCAAUCGCGGCAAUCGCAAGAAGGUCGAUAUCAGAGCUUCCUGCAAUGAAACAGAUGACAUUUCUGCCGAAUUCCUUGAGGGCAUCAGGAAAGCCAAUAAUGGAGGGACACUCGUCUUAAAAAAGGGGAAAAUGUAUGUCAUUGGCAAGAAAUUGGACUUGACAUUCUUAAAUGAUAUUCAAGUUCAACUUGACGGCCAGAUAUUGGUUAGUAUAUCCGACGACAAUCCUGGGACUACUGAACUGACUUAUGGUGCAGUUCACCAAUGAUAUCGAGUAUUGGCAAAACAACUACUUCCCGCAUCCCUUCCAGAACUCCAUCUCCUUCUGGCAAUGGGGGGGCAAGGAUAUUGUGAUUGAGGGCAGGGGAGAGAUCAACGGUAACGGCCAAGCCUGGUACGACGGGUUUGCUGGAAAACAGAUUCUGGUAAUGGCCCCCAGGCACCUGAGCCCCCGGCCAGUAAUGAUUCUGAUACCUUCCGCUGUUAUAGGACCCCAAGAAUACCUAUCUGCGCCCUAUUCUUUUUACCGCCGUUGGUGCUACCGGUCUUUCCGUCAAGGGUAUUACAAUGAGAAAUUCGCCAUGUUGGACGAAUUUCCUGGCCGACUCCACGGAUGUUAUCUACGACGAUGUAUUUAUCGAGGCGCAAUCUAUCAAUCAGGUUUGGCUUACCCGCUUGAUCCGUGCGCCACACCAACAACUAAUUUGCUGAUACCAGAAUCGCCCAAAAAACACCGACGGCUGGGAUACUUAUAAUGUUGACAGAUUAACUGUGACCAACUCUGGGGCCAAUAUCGGCGACGACUGUUUUAGCCCAAAACCUAAUACAACUAAUGUUUUUGUCCAGAAUCUCUGGUGCAAUGGUCCACAAACCCCGCUUCUCCCUGCUGAUUGUUCUCUAGGCUAACGGUAUUCAGGAACUAAUGGAGUUUCUAUGGGUAGCAUUGGGCAGUACCCGGGUGUCAUGGAUAUCAUCGAGAAUGUUUACGUCCAGAACGUUACCAUGCUGAAUUCCAAGGUACGCAGUGCCUCCCACUAGCAGCAUGGGGUUAGUCUAACUGUUAGAAUCUAGAACGGUGCACGGCUCAAGGCGUGGGCAGGUUCUAAUGUUGGCUAUGGCAGAAUCAACAACGUAACAUACGAGGACUUCUAUGUUGACAAUGUUGACAAUCCACUAAUCCUGGAUCAAUGCUACUUCAACCUUAACGAGGUACUCCCCAUUCUAGUCGUACCAGCCCCUGAAUCCAACCAAUGCUGACCGGCGAUCCCCAGACCGAAUGCGCCAAACACCCCUCGGAGGUGGACUUCACCAGCAUCACCUUCCUCAACUUUUCAGGGAAAUCAUCAGCCAAAAGAGGACGGGUUACAGUCGAGGCGGUAUGCUCCGAGAACGCUGUCUGCAAGGACAUUUACAUGGAGGAUAUCAACCUUCACUCCCCAUCCGGCGACCCUGCGGUGGCCAUCUGUGAUGGUAUCAAGGGUGGUAUCGGGAUCCCCUGCCUCCCAGCGAAUCACACCGAUGCAAAGGCUGCGCUAAAAGAUAAGCCCAAACCACCAACAGCGACCGGCACAUAGAGAGCGAAGGGGUGGGGUUAGGUUCGCGAAAGAAACAAAAUAUCCAGCUCUAGUUUUAAUGCCAUACUGUACUAUUAUCGGAAAAGUUAUCCUAAUAUAAGCUCUGGAAUACUGCACUUUCCCGGCCAAUUCCGAAUAUUUUUUUUAUCUUCCUCUGCUUUUCUUCCUCGGGCAACCUAUGCCACUCGACAACCCUUAAUACCCAAGCUCAUCCGCCCGUGGGACGCCACAGAUUGGACAACUGGAGACAUGAUUCCCCUCUAUCCGCAUAUCCAACCCAAAGACAAAGAGAACGAAGGAGUCGCUGGGUUGAGCCGGACUUAUAUAGUGAAACCCCGAAAGUAGAAGAUGGCGUGGGGAAAUCUGUCGAUAGAAAGAACACGAUAAGUGCCCUACCCUAAUAGGAGUAAUGUGCUAGGACGUUGUAUCAUAACUUCCUCUCGUAGUAAGGCGCUGUGUAUGUACAUACAGUACCCCUCUCGCCCUGUCUCAGCCGAAGGCUACUAUCCUAUAUGAUGCCGGGAAAAUGAUAACCCGAUCCCCCCUUCCUCUCUUGCAUAAUUAUGAUACCUGCAGUUACCAGAUUGUCUACAAUACUCGGGUACCAGGGGUGUUGUCGGGAGAUAUGCGGUUAUGGGGUUUGUGGCUGGGUUUUCUGAGGGUGAAAAUCACAAAGACGAUAGUCUAACAUGUGCCGGGGCCUGCACGGCAGAGAUAACUUAGCUGCCAUACCGGUACGGUACGCGUUGCCGGGCGUCUGGUUCGGGGGUGAGCGUCGGGAGGAGGAAGAUAACCGAGUGCACGGAAACCCACGCCAAAAAUUCGGUGGCAAACGGGUUCGGGAGGGCUGU